AUGACGGACGAGGGCGCCGAUGAGGUGAAAGUGUUUCGGCGAACCGAUGCCGAAGAUCUGGAGACGAAUGCUCAAUCCAGUCAUCAAUUGGCCGAGGAUAAAAAGGACGUCGUGCUUGAGACAGAACUCGAAACGAGACCCAAUGGCGAUCCGCUUAUAGGUCAGUGUGUUACACAAUGUUUUAUUCGAAUUUCCGCCAUUGUUUAUUUAACCGGCCGCUUUGUUUGCUUUAGAGCACGUUUUCGCGUGUGUUUUCUUUAUUAUAUGUUUACAUAG